UCGAGAGGCGCACGGCGCCCUGGGAUUAUCGCUUUGCUAGCCGAGUGUCCAAGAUGGCCACUUGGGGAAGAAGGCGCGCUGGGCCGGGCGGCAGAGAAAGGGUGCCCCUUUCAGUGAGUGAGUGCUACAUCGUGCAUGAAAUUUACAAUGGAGAGAAUGCACAGGACCAGUUUGAGUACGAACUGGAGCAAGCCCUGGAAGCUCAGUACAAAUACAUUGUGAUUGAGCCCACACGCAUUGGAGAUGAAACUGCGCGCUGGAUAUCCGUGGGGAACUGCCUGCACAAAACUGCAGUUCUCUCCGGCACUGCCUGCCUCUUAACCCCACUGGCUUUGCCAUCAGAGUAUUCACACUACGUGUCUCUUCCCGCUGGUGUGGUCAGCUUGGCUUGCUCUACCCUUUACGGAAUAUCGUGGCAAUUCGACCCUUGCUGUAAAUAUCAGGUGGAGUAUGAUGCAUAUAAACUGUCAAGACUGCCGCUACACACACUCACCUCCUCUACCCCUGUGGUGCUUGUAAGAAAGGAUGACGUACAUAGAAAGAGACUCCAUAACACGAUAGCUCUUGCUGCUCUGGCAUACUGUUUCAAGAAGCUUUAUGAACUGUAUGCUCUCUGAUUGCCACUGUGUAUUUCAAAGAGAAAAGACACAACAUUAACGCUUUUGUUUCUCCCUUUGAAUAUUGAUGGGGGUAGUUUGGUUAAAUACACAAAAAACAAAAAAACACAAAAAAAGAAA